ACGACGACGACGAGGAGGACUCGGAGGGUGGCGACGAGGAAGGCGACGUGGAGGCGGGCGAGUCCGAGGUGGACACGGACGGCGAGAUUGAGAAGACGACGAAGAGCAAGAAGACACAGAGUGAGUGCGGUUGCCGUGUGUGCGAGAAGCAGGGAGGUGUAUGUCUCAGCGGCUUUCGCUGCGUCGCUCCGGAGCGGGGGCGUGACCGGGCUGUAGCGAUCGAUGCCAGUCGUCUGCGCUCCUCUUACUGGGGGACGGCAGAACUUCAUCAUGCUAGUCAUGGCCGCGAAAUGUGCGCUGCAUGCGUUACGACGGCUUCGGCUCUGCGCAGUGACAGGCUAUCUCGGCUCUCAUAGACGCUUUGAGCCGGAGCAUGUUGCUCGCUGGCAGCUGGCUGACACCUCUCGCGACAGAGCGCAAGCGUCGUGCGGUCUCGCCGACGUCCUUCGGUGCGACGCUUCAGGACCUGCUCGGUGGCCCGGCGCCGUCAGGCAGCCUUGCAGAUGCAGAUGCGCAAUCAGACACCGAGGCUGCGCCCGUGGCUACGUCGAGCAAGCCCGCGCCCGGCGGCCCGAUCCUGUCCAUGGCGCCGCACCUGCGCAAGGCGGCGCAGGCCACCAAGCUCUCGGCCAAGGCGUCGCGCCUGGCGACCGAGGCGCGCAAGGAGCGCGAGGAGCGCGCACGCGUCAAGGAUGUCAUCGCUGGCUGGGGCGCGCCAGGCUGUCCGCCGGGCGAAGGCCCACCAGGUCAGGCGGGCAUCAAGUGGGAGGAGGAGGGCGGAGCGACGGGACGGGAGAAGCGGCUGCGCAAGGUGGCCCAGCGCGGAGUGGUCAAGCUAUUCAAUGCCAUUCGGGCCGCGCAGAACACGUCGGAGGCGGAUCUCGAGGAGGACGGCCGCGGCGCCGGUGCGAUGGCCGACUCGGCGCGCAGCAGCGAAAAGGGCCGCAACGAGCUUGGCGGCAAGGGCAAGGCUGUCGCUGAGCUCAGCAAGAGCAACUUCCUCGACCUUAUCCGCGCCGGCCGUGCUCCGGGCUUGGCAGCCGGGGCGCCCUAGACGAGACCCGUCCCAUCCCCCCUGGC